GCGGCUCCGGCAUGGUGGCUGCCGAGGGGCCGCGGCGCGCGAGGGGCCGUGCGAGGAGGGCGGCGGCGGCGGCGGCAGGCGGCUCCAGCUCCACGCCUCCCCGGGCGGAAGCGCGUCCUCCCUGGCGCUGAGACCUUCCUCUUGCAACAGAGCAGCUGCCAGCCGAGGGCACAAGUCUCUCCAGCCGGCCAUGUCCAUCACGGACCACAGCCCAACCACAGGGGUGGUGACAGUCAUCGUCAUCCUCAUCGCCAUCGCGGCCCUUGGCACCCUGAUUCUGGGCUGCUGGUGCUACCUGCGCCUCCAGCGGAUCAGCCAGUCGGAAGACGAGGAGAGCAUUGUGGGCGAAGGUGAUGCCAAAGAGCCCUUCCUUCUGGUUCAGUACUCUGCGCGGGGACCUUGCACAGAGAGGAAGGCCAAACUGAGCCCCGGUGGCCCCAAGGCGCACAGCUAACCAGCGUUUUGCAUAGGCUGGAAUUCCCACCCAUGCUGUGAAGGGACCAUGCAGG